CCAGGUCACCUUGCGAGAUCUACGGAGAACAAUACAUAACCAUGACAUAGACAGAGGGGUUUUCCCCGCGUUGCUUUGCUAAUCAAACCAAAUUUAUUUUUAACGUCGAUUUAGUCUUUGAUAAUUUGCAAAACUGUAACAUUAACACUCUUAGUCUUUUAUUUGAGAAACUUUAACAUUAAUACAUUUUCCUUUCCGAAGAAGCACCAUGUGUUCGAAUCCAAACAGUGAAAACGGGAAAAUCUAAUCUUGCUUCAGGAAGUAAAUAAUUUAUUCCCCAAAAUGCUCUUAACGCGUGAUCGAAAGUGAAAGGGCAACGUGCCAAAGCCUAUUUGUGCCAAGUCAUCAAGCACAGGAAAGGAGAAUAUCGUAUUUGAACGCCUCAUGUUUUAUCAGACGAGUGCAAAUUCUCCCAAGGCACGUUUGCAUGGGGAGCCGAUCGAUGGGGCUUCCCCCAACGAAUUCUAUAAAAUAAGACAAAUAACCUUUGCAAGGAAAACACGGUAACUUCAAGAAUGGCGGUAGUGGCAUCUGACGCUGAGAUAUCAAAGGCUAAAGAAUUCAGAAAAGUCGCGACUUUACUCCAAAAUGUUGGGAAAAAAGCGGAGGAUUCGUAUUCGAGAUCGGAGAUGGACGGCCGAAUAAAUGGCGAAGUCGUGUCAAAGACGGUGCAAGCUUGGCAUCGAGAUCUUCCUCGCAACCUCAAAAAUGUCUCAACACCGCCGAAAGUGAACAAAUCCCAGUUUCGCGACGCCAGAAAGCUUUUUGGAGUCAACUUUGAAAACAAAGUGACUUUGCGAAAUCCUGGUCACCUGGGGGCAUACGAAGAAAUCGUGCUUCUUCAGUUUGAUCCCAACUUCAUGUCGACCAAAGUUGUCUGUCGUCACCCUUCCUGCGACAACAUAAAUCCCACAACAGCAAAAAGUGGCAAACGAGAUCUGUACCUCUGCCCGCAUCAUCAGCAAGUGCUGAGGAAUAGCAUUUCCGAUGCCUUGGCGAAGAAAAGCGUUGAAAUCUCCACCAGUGCAGAGAAGCCAGAACCAGGCCAUUUUGGUGGAUACACGUCACUGAUCAGUCUGUUAGAGGGGGCCUAUCACGAUGCAAAAAAAUUCCAGACCCUUCAGGGAAAAUCCCUGAAAAUGGCUGGGUACUUUGCAGCAAAAGUCAACGCCAAGGUGCUUGUUGUUGAGACACAUUUUAGCCAGAGAUAUAAAGGAGUUGGUGAAAAUGUAGCAACCAAGACUGGAGACUGUGGUAGCAUAGAAAACUCCUCAGGCCAGCAGAAAAAGCUUUCAAAUCAGACAGUGUAA